CGUGACGUGACGGCGUGCGGUGGACAAACGCUUUAUCAGUGAAAACAGUGAAAACGUCAAUAUAAAUCUAUUUCUGGGGAAUAACCUUUUUAUUUUAGGAUUGUCGCAAUCAAAAAUUUUAAAUCAGGAUGUUAGGUUACAUACUUUCUAUAAAAUCAGCUUAGCAGUCUCUUCCGUAGAUUACUAUGGUCUCUUCGGUAGCAGUUGGCAACACUGGUGUUUGACGUUUUUAUUUUUAUAUUUGUCUUGCUUUUUUCUUUCGUUUUUUUGCCGGCAAGGCAAAGGAUAUUUUUGCUAACUUGUUGAAAAUCUGUUGCAAAGCAAAUUGUUCUUAAGUUUUGCUGCAGGCGUUGAUGAGAGGAGAUUUAUCUGCCCAAAUAAAACCUACAAUCAAUCAGAGCAAGAUGCCUAAAAAGCCGCCACGCAAUGCCUUUUACUUCUACAUGCAGCAUUUCAAAGAAGAAGAACGUAAAAGAGGAAACAUGUAUAAAAAUUUGGCAGAAGUCGCUGAAGCAGCAGGACCACUGUGGAAGGACGCGCCACCUGCUGUGAGGGCUCAGUUUGAAGACAUGGCGAAGAAAGAGAAGCAAAAGAACAAUAUUCCGGAGAUGAAGUUUACAUCACAUGGAAUAUCCUUUGCAGAGAUUGAAGCACAAGCAAAAGAAUUAAAAAAUGCAGAAGAAAAUGAGAGGAAAGACAUUAAAAACAUGGUCAAAUUGAAGGCUUUUAACGACAGUAUAAAGUUUGAAGACUUCUAUCUGAUGGAUGUAAACUAUUACUGUUUGGCCGGCUCGGAGUAUGUCAUCGCUGAGUUUACCAUACUCCGCUUCAAUCUCGCUGACGGCAUCAAAGAUGACUACCAUGAGAUAAUAAAUCCUGGUACAAUCCCAAUAGGCUACGCGUCAGACGCGAAGCUGGCAUGUGCUGAUUUAGGGCUCGAGAUGCCGGACCCUGAUGGAAGAACUAACUAUGUCAAGGUCAUAGCCAACAUCAUGGACUACCUUCGUGUCCAGGACGCGGGCGGGCGCACAGUGCUGCCAGCCAUCUACUCCAUGCCGGACAAGGUGCCGCCCAUACAGAACUUCGUGCAACAACUGUCUAUUAGGGCUAGCCAAGACGAGACGGUGUUCCGUAUCUACAGGCUGGACACUCUGUUCUACCACCUCAUCAACGCGAUCCGCACGCGAGACGACGAGGGAUUCCCCAAGGAGUCGCUGGCGCUGGCGCAGCUCAAGAAGGACUCGUUCCGGUACAACCCGGGGCUGGCUUGCGAGCACCACGAGACAACGGGCACCGGCGACAAGGCGGUCGAGUGCACCAAGUCCCGCGUGAAGCGCUGGGCGUUCACCGUGCUGGACCACUGCUGCCCCGUGGCCGGGCUGGACGUGCGCCCCGGCAGCCACGUGCCACAGGACUACCACAUGUCGUCUAUCCUCACUUAUCAAGAGAAGAGGAAGCAGCGGGCCGCGCCAUCCGUCGGGGGACCAAGGAGUCCGUCGUGCAACUCUUCGAUGGUGAGCGAGUCCCUGGACUCCUCGGCGUCGGCGUCGGCGUGGGGCCGCAGCCUCAACGCGUCCAGCGCCGCGGGGGAUGCGUCGACGUCGCAGGACAGCUCGCGCUCGUCGGCUCGCACGCAGGUGCCCCGGCUGCCCCGCACCGACUUUGCGAAGAACUUCAGGGAGGCGCCCGAUCUGUCCGAGGUGAACUUCCCCUCGCUGACCGUCGGCAUCGGACGUGGUCGCGGCUCACCUUCUAGUCAAAACCAAAACAAAUUUAAGUAAAACAUUUACUAUAAAUGCUAUUGUUUAUUUCUAUACAUUCUAAUUUCAGGGUCAAUGUUAAUUAUAAUAUAUGUUAUAGUUCAAUAAGUAUAAGGAUGUAAUGUGUGAAAUCAUAACUCAUGCAAAUUUUUGUUUCCUGUAAAACUGUUAUUUUUUAUUGAUUAUAGUUCUUUUGCAGAAUCCUAUGUUAUUAUUUGAGAUGAUUCAUUGUACUUUAAAUUUUGGUGUUUUAAAUUAGAAUCUCGAAAAGUGAACCUUGUUUAGCUAGCCAUACAGAAUACGAUCUAUCGCCCAAUAGGGCAUGGGGCAUGCCCAUUCUUUAUUUCCACUAAAGAUUCAUCAUAAUCAUGCCUAUUUGGCAGUACAAUGUACAUCAGCCAUAAGAUUAAACAUACAAUGAUAAGUCUUAUUAUAAGUUGGUGGUAUUGUUAUGUGUUGGUGCUAUACAGCCUGAUCCUUGGAAAGCGAACUUUUAUACCAAGUUAUAAAGUGAGAUUGGAACAAAAACUAAAAGUCUGUUUUGUAUGUUUUAGUGUUGAGAUUUAGUCCAUAUAAAAAGUAUAAGGAAUCCUCAGUGUGGCUUAAGAUGGCCGAUUUAAUUCCUAAUAUUAUUGGCAUUGGGCCAACGAUGGUUAUGACAGGAGAGAUCUAUGUGCAGCUUAGGAUUUCAGAGUAAAAGAGGGUAAACAUAACGAUAUAUACUUAAAAUACCUAUAUGUAUAGAAUUAUUCUCUCUGUUUAUUCUUGCUUAUUCGUCCAAUUUUGGUGCCAUUAUUUUCAUUACGUUUUAGACCUAUAAGUAAAAUGUUUGUGACAUAUUUCCAUCCUAUGAUUAUGAGAAUUUUGUUCUUGAGUAGCAAAAUUUACUUUUGUAAUUUCAUGGGUUUAUGAAUUGAAGGCAUUUAUAUUAGGGUUCUUUAAGAUCCCAGUAUAUAUUUCCUUUCCUAAGUGACGACAGGCAAAGUUUGUCUCUAAUUAACAGUUAACAUUAGAAAUGUAAACGGUUUAUAUCAAGUACGAUUUUAAUAAAAAAAAUAAGGAAACUCGGUCAAUUUUUUUUAUAUAAAAAAAUAUAUAGGUAAAUCCCAAAAUAUAUUUUUGUAUUUGAAGUAGGUAACUAUAAAUACCUACCUAGCAUUACAGGAAUAGUUUAAACGUUUACGUAUUUGUUUAAAUAUUUCUCAAGGCGCAGAUCUAGUUAUGGCACUGUAACCUAAAACGAAAGAAUUCUAUAGUCUUCCACGGUGUGACUAAGUUAAGUGUUAUAAUUUGCGAAUCAUUUAUGUAAGUAAUUAAAAAAUGUUGCAUUCUUUAAGUUUAUAUUCCUCUAGUUUUAUGAUUUUAUACCACCAUGUUAGAACAUAAAGAAGUGACUUGUAUUAUUGAAAUAAAACGCAGAUUUUAUUCAAUUAGAUAUUUUAUUACAAAAUCUGAUUCAAGGUUCUUAACCACAAACCAUCCCCAACAGUAAAUAGGAAUGAACAAUAUUUGUACUCAAUACAAUAUAAUAGAUAUUAAUAGGUAAUAAUUAAUAAAGAACAUUUCAGAAAUUAUUCCAAUAGAAUGGCAAUCAUUAAAAUCGAACAUGUAACCAAAUAACUGUUUAAUCACAGGUAAAUAAUUUAAAUGUCUUAUAAUA